UCGAACAUUAUCACCAGCUAGAUAUAGCAAAAAAGUAAAAACCAUUUCAACUUUUUUCUCUCUCCUCAAAAAUUCUUUACUUUCUCUCUCGUCGAAGAACUCAAAAUUUUAAAUUUUUUUUUCCUUGUAUCAUCCCGAUUUCUUCAACCUGAGGCGAUUUUGUUGGAUUGGUGAUUAGAAAGAGGGUUUAUUGUAAAUUAUAAGAAAUGGGGUGUCAAGGGUUUUGGGGGUGUUUGUUGAAAUUACUGAAUUUUUUGAUGACCCUUGUGGGGUUGGCAAUGGUGGGAUACGGGAUUUACUUGUUUGUAAUGUACAAGCAAGCGUCACCGGAUUCCGGUCCUCCACCAGUUAGUCCUGAUGAGCCACUGAUUCAGCUCGGUCGCCCUUUGAUCAUGUCUGUAUCGUUGUUGUCGAACAACGUUUUCGAUAAUCUUCCUAAAGCUUGGUUCAUAUACUUGUUUAUCGGCGUCGGAGCUGUUCUUUUUGUUAUAUCAUGUUUUGGUUGCAUAGGAGCUUCGACAAAGAAUGGGUGCUGUCUCUCUACUUAUGCUGUGUUCAUAAUUUUGUUGAUUUUGUUGGAGCUUGGAUGUGCAGCCUUCAUAUUCUUCGACAAAGAUUGGGAUCAUAAAAUCCCUGCUGACAAAACUGGAACCUUUGAUAUGAUUAAUGACUUCCUGGAGGAUCAUUGGUCUAUUGCCAAGUGGGUUAUUCUUGGGGUUGUUGUUUUGGAGGCAGCAUUGUUCUUGUUAACCGUCAUUGUUAGAUCAAUAAACAGGCCUGCUGAUUACGACAGUGAUGAGGAGUUCAUCAACCCAAGGCAGACUGUUAAGCAGCCUCUUAUUAACAGACCACCUCCUGCAACUGGUGUACCUGUUACUGGUUCUGCUGAUCAGAGGCCCGGCAGGAAUGAUGCUUGGAGUGCACGUAUGAGGGAAAAGUAUGGGCUUGAUACUUCGGAAUUCACUUACAACCCAUCAGAGUCAGGCCGGUACCAGCAGUCGGCUGGCCAGGCACCAUCAGAAGGGGGCCGCUGCACCAUCAUGUAAAAAAGUGAAGCAUUGUUCUUUGUUGCCGAAAUUGAGAUCCUUCAAGAAUGGUGUGAAAAGCUCCCAUUUGUAUCAGGGCAAAAUCAACUUGACAAGUUUGGUGUGUAAAAUUCACAUUUUUCAGGUGUUUUUUUUCCUCAUCUGAUUUUACCUAGACCGAGAAAAUCUUCCUUUCAGUACAGUUCAUUUGGUGUAAAAUGUGCACAUAGUUGAGUUAUGGUCCCGUGUUUGAGUCAUUACUCACUUCCAAGACUUCUGAUCCUUAACUAAACAUGAAAGUUCUGUUUUUUUUUUUUUUUUUUUUUUUUUUUUUUUUUUUUUUUUUUUUUUUUUUUUUUUUUUGUAAGAGUAAAUUUUUGCAAUUCUGUUGGUUUUGAUGGCCUGCAGAGGCUUAUCUACUGGCUUGUUAUUCUUC